CAAGUCUAUGUAAAGUAGCCUUAUCAGUACCCGUUCCAGUUUCUCUCUCGCCGACCUCCCGUUGUGCUACUCUCCUUUUCUCUAUUUCUAUCCUGCAUUGUCAAGUCAAGAUCCUUACUGAUCAAACUCAGCUCUUCCUGAACGUUUGGAUUUUCUCUAACCGUCCACUUCAGCUGGGCUUUCUUCUCCGAAUUUUUCUGAUUUACGAGCAGCGAAAAGCUAUACUGAAAGCGAGGUGAACGACGGCAGAUUUGUACGGUUAAAGCUGUUUUCCGUUACGGUAUUUGGAUCUCGCGACGGUUACGAUAGGGAGGGAGGAAAAAUAGUGUGAGGGAGGUGUAGAUUUUUCUUUAUCAGGAAUUCGAGCAGUUUCGUAAUUAUUUGGCUUUUAUUGUGGUGCUAAAGAGUGUAAAAUAAGGUUUAUUAGAGCGUUUUUGGAGGAUUUAGCUUCUCUCUUUGGAGGUUUUUUGUUCCAAAUUUGUUGCUGUUGCUCGUUGUUGACUUGAAGAGUCGGAGAGAGUUCAAUAAUGGCGAAUCGGGGAGGGGUGUUUUCACAGACAAAUAAUGUUUCCUCCGAAGUUAAAGGAAAUGGAGGAGAUGAUCUAUACAUGGAGUUAUGGAAGUUAUGUGCGGGACCCCUGGUUGAGGCUCCUCGAGCUAGAGAGAGAGUCUAUUAUUUUCCUCAAGGACAUAUGGAACAGUUGGAAGCGUCGACGAAUCAGGAGUUGAAUCAGAGGAUUCCUUUGUUUAAUCUUCCAUCGAAGAUACUUUGUAGUGUUGUUCACAUUCAGUUUCUGGCUGAACAAGAAACAGAUGAAGUUUAUGCACAAAUAACUUUGAUGCCGGAGCCAAAUCAACCUGAGCCAACAACUCCUGAUGCAUGUCCUCCGGAGCCUCCAAAACCUACUGUCUGUUCUUUCUGCAAGGUUUUAACAGCCUCUGAUACCAGCACUCAUGGAGGUUUUUCUGUUCUUCGCAAACAUGCCACUGAAUGCCUUCCUCCACUGGACAUGAACCAGGCAACGCCAACCCAGGAAUUGGUUGCCAAGGAUCUUCAUGGCUAUGAGUGGCGCUUUAAGCAUAUUUUUAGAGGCCAGCCAAGGAGGCAUUUGCUCACAACGGGAUGGAGUACAUUUGUUACUUCCAAGAGAUUAGUAGCUGGUGAUUCCUUUGUGUUCUUGAGAGGGGAAAGUGGGGAGCUGCGCGUUGGAGUGAGGCGUGUUGCUCGUCAACAGAGCAGCAUGCCUACAUCAGUGAUUUCAAGUCAGAGCAUGCAUUUAGGAGUCCUAGCAACUGCAUCUCAUGCCGUUUCAACACAAACCCUCUUUGUUGUCUACUAUAAACCAAGGACAAGUCAGUUCAUUAUUGGGUUGAACAAAUAUUUAGAGGCUCUUAACAAUAAGUUUACAGUUGGCAUGAGGUUUAAGAUGAGAUUUGAAGGGGAGGAUUCUCCUGAGAGAAGGUUUUCUGGCACAAUCGUUGGGGUUGAAGACUUUUCUCCUUACUGGAAAGAUUCAAAAUGGCGUUCAUUGAAGGUACAAUGGGAUGAACCUGCCUCUAUACCAAGACCUGACAGGGUUUCACCAUGGGAGAUAGAACCCUUCGCUGCUCCUAUUCCACCAACUCUGGGUCAACCUGUUGCUGCUAAGAACAAAAGGCCUAGACCAACUGCUGAAAUUCCUGCUCUAGAAUUACCUUCAACAGCAUCAGCUCCUUGGAAUUCUGGAGUUAUGCAUACCCAUGAUCUAAUGCGGCGUAACAUUACUGCCGAAGCAAACAGAAAUGAAAAUCAUGUCAUAUGGCAUAUGCAGACUGAAAUGAGCAGCAGUUGCAGCUCUGUCUUGAAGACUCAGAACGAAGGGAGCUGGCUAUCUUCUCCUUGCAUGAGUGUUUCUAAGCAUCGAUUUCCUGAUGCAAGAGACGAUAGCAAAUGUGCAUCUGGUUGGCCUGUUCUUUCAGGAUUGUCAAACCCACAAGUGAACAAUGAUUCAACCUUUGAUCCAAUAGAAAAGGUAAAGAAAUCUGAGACAGCUUCUAGCUGCCGAUUGUUUGGCAUUGAGUUGAUAAACCACUCUGCUAGCUCAAGGCAAUUGGAGAGGACACCUACCCAACUUUCUACUAUGACUGCCAGUACAGCUGAAGGACAUCAUACCUUGUCACCUAAUAAUUCUUGCCAGAAGUCUGAAAUUUCAAAAGAUUCUAAUGAGAAGCAGGAACAGUUACAAUUACAAGCAAAAGAGAUCCAGAGCAGGCAAAGUUGCCCUAGUUCUACAAGAAGUCGUACCAAGGUCCAGAUGCAGGGGGUAGCCGUCGGUCGCGCUGUGGACCUGGCCAUGUUGGAAGGGUACGAUCAGCUUAUAGAUGAACUAGAGGAGAUGUUUGAUAUUAAGGGAGAGCUUCGCCCUAGGAAUAAGUGGGAGAUUGUCUACACUGAUGAUGAAGGGGAUAUGAUGCUUGUAGGCGAUGACCCAUGGCAGGAAUUCUGUAGCAUGGUAAGAAGAAUAUUUAUCUGUUUAAGUCAGGAUGUGAAAAAGCUGAGUACAGGAAGCAAACUUCCCAUGGCUUGUAUUGAAGGUGGUGAAGGAACUGUGAUAAGCUCAGAGUCAAUUGAAAAUUAAUAGGAACACUGUUUGUUUUUCUUUACCGCAGUUUACAGCAUCUGUUGUUUGUUUGUUGCUGAUAGUUGUUCUUAGUUUCACUUUUGGGCUAUAGAGGAUGUUAAGGGACGCUAAUCACUAAGCUUGUUUUCUAGAGUUGCCUACCAUAGGAGACAAAAAGACGUCAUACGACCUUGGGUUUGAAGAACCAAGAGUUAAUGGAACUAGAUGAGGUGUUAGAGGCUAGGACUAGGAGAAUGUGAAUACUUAACGAUCUUUGUGGUGGGUUGGGGGUUUGGGUUCUAAUCUUUGGUUUCGUGUGCUUGUAAAUAUAAAAAUGUGCUCUGGCUUUGACACUGGCACUGUAAUCCUCAACCUUAGUGAGUGAAAGUGUUCCAGCUUAGCUAUUCUUCGCUGUUUUGGUAACGCUUUUUCUUUAUCAAUCAAUUCAAACUUUCCUCUGCAUUUAUAAA